AUGCAAUCAUUACCAGAAUUUAAAGUUGAUAUUGUCACACUUGAACAAAUUGAUGCUAUCGCAUUCUUUACCAACGGAGCUUACUUUAGCGAGACCGCUGCUGCCUCUUUUGGACGACUAGGCAAGUUCACCAAGGAAAACGUAUUCAAAUAUAACAAAUGGGUCGGUGUUUACUAUGAUGAUCCCGCCAAGAAACCAGCUGCCGAAUUGCGUUCUGCUGCAGCUGUUACCGUCUCCAAAGAGGUGUUGGAAUCACUCCGCUCCAAGAUGGAGGAAGCUGGAGGACAACAAAUUACAUGGGAAGCUGGAGAAUAUGCUGUGGUACAUUAUAUCGGGCCAUACACAGGGCUAUCAGCUGCCUACGACUUUAUCUAUACACAAUGGCUGCCACAAAACAAGAGAACAGCAGUUCCAGACUACCAUGCCUAUGAACACUACCUAAACGAUUGUACAGACACUGCACCAGCCGAUCUCCUUACAGAUAUCUUUAUUAAAUUACAAUAA